AUGCCAGCGCUGAAAAACAUAAAGGAACUCCGAAGCUUGCAAGGCCAUUUGGCGUACAUUCGUCGAUUCAUUUCAAACUUAGCAAGGCGUUGCCAACCUUUAAGUCAUUUGAUGAAAAAAGAUGCACCUUUCAUUUGGGAUCAUGCUUGUCAAAAUGACUUUGAAAGUAUCAAAACGUACUUACUCAAUUCUCCAGUUUUAGGGGCUCCUAUUUCCGAAAAACCACUAAUACUUUACAUAGCUGCCCAAGAGGAGUCACUGGGGGCAAUGCUUGUGCAAAAUGAUGAAGAGAACAAAGAACGGGCACUCUACUACCUGAGUCGAAGAUUGACUAAAAAUGAGCUCAUGUAUUCACCUAUUGAAAAGAUGUGUUUGGCACUCGUCUUCUCCUCGCAAAAGUUAAGGCAUUAUUUUCAAGCACACACAAUUCAUCUCGUGGCCAAAGCAGACCCGAAAGCACUAAAAGGGCAAGCAUUAGCAAAUUUCUUGGCGGAUCAUCCUAUUUCAGCUGAUUGGGAAAUAUCCGAAGAGUUCCCUGAUGAAGAUGUGCUAUUUAUUGAGGUUCUUCAGCCCUGGACGAUGUUCUAUGAUGGGGCUGCUAGAUUGGAAGGGGCUGGAGCUGGCGUCAUCUUUGUCUCUCCACAAAAGCAAGUCCUACCUUAUGCAUUCAUACUUAGAGAAAAAUGUUCAAACAAUGUCGCUGAGUAUCAAGCUUUGAUUCUUGGUCUCCAAAUGGCUACUGAAAUGAAGAUUCUAGACCUUGAGAUCUUUGGAGACUCCAAGCUAAUAAUUAACCUACUAUGCGGCGACUAUGAAGUGAAGAAAGAUGACUUAGUUCCAUAUUUUCAAUAUGCAAGUCACUUGUUGAAAAAUCUUGAAGGAGUGACGCAUGAGCAUGUGCCACGAGAGGAGAAUCGCAUGGCAGAUGCACUAGCUAACCUAGCAACAACCUUGGCAUUGCAAGAAGGUGAGAAUGUCAACGUCCAUGUGUGCAAACAAUGGAUAUUGCCACAGUUGUUGGACUACCGCCUCGAAGAAGCAAAUGCAAUCACAGUCAUGCCCAUUAAAGACAACGAUUGGAGACAACCCCUGAUUGAUUACCUCCAACACGGAAAGCUUCCAAAUGACCGUCGACAUAGGGCAGAGAUAAGACGACGAGCUCCUCGAUUCAUCUUUUUCAAAGAUACUUUAUUUCGUCGAUCAUUCGAAGGUGUCUUUCUCCGCUGUCUUAGGAAAGAAGAAUCCCAACAAGCAAUGGAAGAAUCCCACUCUGGGAUUUGUGGGGCACAUCAAUCUGGUCCAAAACUUCACUUUCGAGGGUUAGAUGCAGUUGGACCACUUACCAAGUCUUCUGCUGGCCACUUGUACAUUCUGGCUGCAACGGACUACUUCUCAAAAUGGGCCGAAGCUAUUCUAGCCAAGGAAGUCAAGAAGGAAACCGUUGUUGAUUUCAUCAAGUCAAAUAUCAUCUUUCGGUAUGGAGUGCCACGUCACAUCAUCAUUGACAAUGGAACACCCUUCAUUAAUAAGCUAAUGGAUAAGCUUUGCGACAAGUUUGACUUCAUGCAAAGAACCUCCUCAAUGAAUAAUGCACCGGCUAAUGGGCUCGCAGAUGCAUUUAACAAAACAUUGAGCAACCUCUUGAAGAAAGUGGUCGCAAAGUCUAGGCCAGAUUGGACCCCUACUCAAGCGACCCCAUACUCUCUUGUGUACGGUGUUGAAGCUGUUCUUCCACUAGAGCGACGAAUUCCAUCAUUAAGGAUUGCCCUCCAAGAAGGCUUGACUGAUGAAGAAAAUGCAAAGCUUUACCUCGCUGAGUUUGAAGCACUGGACGAGAAGAGAUUGGAAGCGCAGCAACAGUUGGAAUGCUACCAAGCUCGAAUCUCUAAAGCUUUCGACAAAAAGGUUAAGCCUCGCUCCUUUAAAUUUGAAGACUUAGUGCUUCCACUGCGAAGACCCAUCAUCACUAAUCGUCGAACCCAUAACAAAUUCUUGUCAAAAUGGGAUGGUCCAUAUGUGGCGGUGGAAGUCUAA